AACACUGAACACUGAACAAUGACUUUCUCCGGCCAUUGCCUCUGCCGUGCAGUAACCUACAUCGUCGACACGGCCUCCCCUCUCGUGGUCUACUGCCACUGCGAUGACUGUCAGCGCAACACCGGGUCCACCUACGCCCUAAUCUUGACAGUUCCCAAGCAUACGGUGCAUAUCCAGGGUCCGCUUCGCACCUUCAGCAAUGUGGGCAGCUCAGGCCUUGCAGUGCAUCGCAGCUUCUGCGGGGUCUGUGGGAGCCCGAUAUCCGAUGUUGCAGAGAGUGCGCCCGAGGAGAUCUCCAUCAAGGGUGGCUCACUGGAACCGGAGUGCAAGAGAUGGUUGCAGCCGUCGGAAGAACUGUGGACGGCUAGUAAACUGUCCUUCUGUCAGGAACGGUUGCCACAGUCUCACUUGCAUAUGCCCGAAUGA